AUCGGCGUGCUGCUGGUAACGAUGGUGCUCGGGUGCGGAGUGUCCUCGGAAGGCAGAGUCGCGGUCGCUUACGCGAACGUGACGGGCGACAUCGUGCUAGGUGGCCUGUUUCCCAUUCAUCGAAGAGGCAACGGUGGCGAGAGUUGCGGCGAGAUCCAGGCAAGUCGCAGCUCGCAUCGCGCUCCGAUCCGAUCGCUGUAGCCUAUUCUAAAGGUUCGUUGAUUCAGAUCGAGGACGGAAUUCAACCGUUGGAAGCUAUGCUGUACACCAUCGAACGCGUCAACGACGAUCGAAGGAUUCUUCCGGGUAUACGGCUCGGCGCCGUAGCCUUCGACACCUGCGACAAUCCGAGCUACGCUCUCGAGCAAGCGUUCUACUUUGUGAAAGGCUUUAUCGCGCGCGACAAUCGGCUGACGGACUACUCCGAGUACCGAUGCAACGAUCGGACCGCGCCAAAGUUCAUGGACGGAGGAUUCGACGACGUGGUCGCGGUGCUCGGCGCUCAAUCGAGCUCGGUCACGAUUCAGGUCGCCUCGGUGCUGGCAUUGUUCUCGGUUCCGCAAGUCUCGUACAUGGCCACGUCGGCGUUUCUAAGCAGCAAGGAGAGGUUCCCGCAUUUCUUCCGCACGGUUCCGAGCGACGUGAACCAAGCACGCGCCAUGUUAGAGAUUCUACGCAGACGGUUCAACUGGUCGUACGCGUCGGUAAUUUACUCGGAUACAGAGUACGGCGAUCACGGAUACGAGACGCUGGCGUCGUUCGCUGCCGAGUAUUCCGUCUGUUUCACGGGGCCGCACCGCAUCAGCGAGGAUCGGUUCGCGAGCUCCGAUUACGAGGACGUCGUUCGCACGAUCGCCGAAAAGACGGAUGUUCGAGUGGUGGUGCUGUUCGCGGAAAAGUCGACAACGCUGCGCGUUUUGGAAGCGGCGAGGCGCGUGGGAGUCGGGUCGCGAUUCGUUUGGCUUGGUAGCGACUCGUGGCCGGACCAGAGGGACGCCAACAACGAAGAAGCCACCCUGUUGGAGGGUGCGCUCGCUGUUCAGCCGCUCUAUGCCCCGUUCGCUGGCUUCGACGAGUACUUUACCAGCUUGACGCUCGAUCAUCAAAAUAUUAACCCUUGGUUUCGCGAAUUCUGGCGGACGUAUCACGAUUGCGAGGACGACGAUAACGUUCGAGAGGCUUCGAAAGGAUGCUCGAGUUCGAAGGCGCGGACUUGCUGCACGGAUCCUAAACUGAGGAUCGAGCGGACCAACGGUUACAAGCAACGGAGAUUUCUCCACUUUGUACGCGACGCGGUGUACGCGGUGGCGUACGCUCUCGACGACGCGCGAAGGGACGUCUGCGGGCAAGAUUAUCACGGCAUUUGCGACGAGAUGCGAGCAUUGUGCGCCAAAGAUUUCUCUCGUUACCUGGCCAAGGUGUCGUUUGAAGACGAAGCGGGACACGAAUUCGGGUUCGUGGACGCGGUCGACGGUCCUCCGAGGUACUCGAUCCUGAACUAUCGGCGAGCGGCGAACGGCUCCUAUCAGUGGCUUGUCGUUGGGAAUUACACGCUGAACGAGGAAGGCAGAGCGGAGCUUCGAUUGGACCGCGAGAACACGAGGUUUCGCGGUGACCGAGCCGACUUUCCCGCUUCUUCGUGCUCGCAACCCUGCGGUCCCGAUCGUAUCGUGGUCAGGGUCAAGGAAGACGCGUGCUGCUGGAGAUGUCAGAGCUGCGGCCCGUAUCGGUACAAGUUGGACGAGCAAAGAUGCGACGAUUGCGAAUGGGGCACCAGGCCGAUCGAGAACGGAACCGGCUGCGAACCGAUACCCGAGCAAUUCGUCGAUCACUCGAACCCUUGGGCCAUAGUCGCGAUGGUGGUCGCCGUCUCUGGUAUGGCGUUGACGUCGUUCGUUUGCUGGGUGUUUUGGACCUACCGGGAGACUCCGAUGAUCAAGGCAUCGGGUCGCGAAUUGUCCUUCCUGCUGCUGCUCGGCACCUUUGGCUGCUUCUCCAUCACGUUCGCCGUCGUGGCAAAACCCAGCGUCGAGAGCUGCGCCGUUGUACGGUUCGGCAUCGGAUUUUGCUACACUCUUUGCUACGCCGCUCUGGCGACCAAGAUCAACAGGAUACACAGAAUAUUCAAUGAUCCUGGUCCAAGUCCCCGCAAACGACGAUACACCAGCCCGAGCUCGCAGCUGACUAUCGCCUCGAUUCUCACGCUGGCCGAGAUCGCGUUCGACGCGGUCUGGCUGCUCAACGAACCGCCUGCGGUCACGCGCUCUCAUCCUACCAGAGACGCCAACGUGAGGAUUUGCAGAGGUUCCGAGAACGGAUCGUAUGUGGCCGGUUUGCUGUAUCCGUUUGUGUUGACGGUGGUGUCCACUUUUUACGCUAUCAAGACCAGAAAGUGCCCCGAAGGAUUCAACGAGACUCGCCGAAUCGCGUUCGCGAAUUACGCGACGAUCGUUCUGUGGCUAGCGUUCGUGCCACUCUAUUUAGCUUCGACCAGCAACGUUGUCCGAGUGAUCACAUUGGCACUCUCUCUCUCCCUGAACGGAUUGGUUCAGCUGCUUUGUCUCUUUCUACCGAAAGUUUACGUGGUGCUGAUCAAACCGGAGAAAAACACCCGAGAGCUGGUGAUGGCCAGGCACGCCGGCGCCGGUUCCUCUCAUCCGACCGCGACGAUUACACCUGAGCCGCCUUCGGCGUCACCUUGCCAUCGAUCGAACGCGUCUCGUGAACCGAUCUAACUCCUCGCUACGUUCAACCGCUCUCCGUAAAUAAACUACAAACUG